AUGUCUGACGAAAGGUUAGAUAAGCAAGCAAAAAUAGAAAUAAGGGAAAGAGCUAAGAGAGAUAUAGCUGAAGAGGAUAGGAAGGUAAGGAAGCAGCUCAAAAAAGAAUACUGAAAAGAAGUGAGAUAUGUCACAUAUUUAAAAUCAAAGGAAUAUGGGCUAUAUGCAGCAGGAAUAAGCGUAGCUAUGGUGCCUUUACUAAGGUCAGUGGCAAUUUUUCCAAUUGCAAUGACAGGAUAUGUAGGUGUUCAAGCCAUCAAUGCAUGGUGGAGUGUGCCAAAACCUCCAGGUGUUUAA